UCCUCUUUUCCUUGUUCCUUCUCGUACCUCCAUCACUUGAGGGAGCGCAGGCGGUGUGAGAGCAUCCUCCUCCCCACUGGGUACCGGCCAGUUCCCGGAUACCGCAGCGCGCCACAGCGGACCUGGAGGAGAGGCGCAAGAAGGAACGCAGAGGAGGAGGACGGUCGGUCUCCUCUCCGACAGACGGGAUUAUUGCUAGAAUUCCGGGCAGCAUCCCGUCGCCUCGCCAUGACUUUGGGGAGUAAAGCGCCGUGUGGGAUUACUGCUCUGAUGGCCUCGCUCCUGCUCGGCUGCUGCGGAACACGUGGAGAAGAAGUAUGUGACAGCCCACUGGUGUCCAACCUGCCGCCAUCAUUGUUCAGAAGCUCCUCCCAGUUGUCCAGUAGCCACGGGCCGGGCUUUGCUAAGGUCAACAGGAGAGACGGAGCGGGUGGCUGGUCUCCUCUCACUUCUGACAGAUACCAGUGGCUGGAGGUGGAUCUGGGAAGACGAACCCAAGUCAGGGCUGUUGCUACACAGGGUCGCUACGGAAGUUCUGAUUGGCUGACAGCCUACCUGUUGAUGUUUAGCGACACAGGACACAACUGGAGACAGCACCGGCAAGAAGACAGUUUAGGGGCUUUUCCAGGUAACAGUAAUGCAGACACUGUUGUCCAGUACAAACUUCAACAGCCGGUGAUAGCCCGGUACCUCCGCCUCAUCCCUCUGGACUGGAAUCCCACUGGGAGGAUUGGACUUCGAUUGGAAAUAUACGGAUGUCAUUACAUUUCUGACGUGGCCGGGUUCGAUGGCAGCAGCAGUUUGGUGUUCAGACUGAGCAUGAGGCCGAGCCGGAUGUCUGUGCUCUCUCUGAAGUUCAAAACUCUGAAGAAUUCUGGGACACUGCUCCAUGCUGAAGGAGAACGAGGUCACAGCCUGACUCUGGUGUUGGACAAAGGGAAGUUACUGCUCUUUCACCAACAAGGCGUGAGUUCGUCCUCCAGCGGUCAGCGUCUCGGUUCUGUCGGUAGCCUGCUGGACGACCAGCACUGGCACCUCGUGAAGCUGGAGCGGAUCAGCGCCCAUCUGAACCUCAGUGUGGAUCAAAGCACUGAGCAGGUUCAUCUACCCUCGGAGCUCAGCAGCUGGAGCAUUCAACAGCUCAGUCUUGGUGCUGUCCAGAGUUAUGGGCUUCAGAAACCCUUCCUGCCUAACAGGUACUUCCACGGUUGUCUGGAAAACCUGUUACACAAUGAUCUCAGUCUGAUCCAACUGGCUAAACACAACAGCCACCAGGUCACCACAGUGGGCAAUGUGACCUUUUCUUGCGCUGAGCCAGUGUCAGUUGCCGUGACAUUCACUGACUCUCACAGCUUUCUUCAGUUGCCAGGAGUGACAGCGUGGUCGUCAUGGUUAUUCUCUGCAGCGCUACAGUUCCGGACAUGGAACAAGGCAGGGCUGCUCUUGACCUUUGAUCUUUCCGAGCAGGAGAGCGUUAUCUGGAUGUACCUGAGCGAGGCUAAGCUCCACCUGCAGAUCAAAAAAGAUGGAAUUGUCCAGCUGGAGCUCAGCGCAGGUUCAGGCUUAAACGACGGUCAGUGGCAUUCUGUGGAGCUGAAGUCUGGACGGGAUUUUCUGACCAUCACAGUGGACAAAGACAAAGGAGCCACAGCUCACAACAGCAUCUCACUUCCUCUCACCACAAGAAGCCAACUUUUCUUCGGUGGUUGUCCUGAUCAGGAGAGCAUUCAUGUGUGUCGGAAUCCGUUUAAAGCCUUUCAGGGAUGUAUGCGACUCUUGACUUUGGGCAGCCAUCCCAUUGACCUGAUCAUGGUACAACAAAGGCUGCUGGGAAAUUACAGCCACUUACAGAUUGACAUGUGUGGCAUCAUUGACAGGUGCUCUUCCAGCCACUGUGAACAUGGAGGCAAAUGUGCACAAUCAUGGAACACUUUCCACUGCAACUGCUCCAACAGCGGCUACAGAGGAGCCACCUGUCACAGCUCAAUGUACGAGCAUUCAUGUGAGGUGUACAAACACAAAGGAAACAAGUCAGGACAUUAUCAUAUAGACGUGGACGGCAGUGGACCAAUCAAACCGCAGCUCAUCUACUGUAACAUGACAGAGAACAGGGCAUGGACGGAGAUCCGGCACAACAACACACAGCUGACUGGAGUGCAUUCAUCCCUUGAGGGGAACCAGCAGUCCACCCACUUUGACUACGCCGCUGAAGAGGAGCAGUUAUUAGCCAUCAUCAGCCAAUCAGAAUACUGUGAGCAGGAACUGUCCUACCACUGCAGGAAGUCCCGUCUCAACACACCAGAGGGUUUUCCGUAUAGUUGGUGGGUUGGAGGUCCGGAACCAGGACAAAUCCAGACUCACUGGGGUGGGGCUGAACCCGGCAGUCGACAGUGUGCCUGCAGCCUUCAGAAGAGCUGUCUGGAUUCAAAUCACUACUGCAAUUGUGACGCUGACUUCGAUCAGUGGACUAAUGAUUCAGGGCUUCUCACCGAUAAGGAGACCCUCCCGGUCAGGUCUCUAGUGCUGGGUGACAUGCAACGGGCUGGAUCAGAGGCUGCCUACAAGGUGGGACCCCUCCGUUGCUAUGGGGACAAGAACUUCUGGAAUGCGGCGUUCUUUGACAAGGAGACAUCAUACCUGCACUUCCCCACCUUCCAUGGAGAACUGAACGCAGACAUCUCAUUCCUUUUUAAAACCACAGCAUCAUCUGGGGUCUUCUUAGAGAAUCUGGGCAUCCUGGACUUCAUCCACAUUGAACUCAGCUCUUCAUCAGAGGUCCUCUUCUCUUUCGAUGUGGGAAAUGGGCCACGCGAGGUUCGAGUGCAGACGAGUGUUCCACUGAAUGACAACCGGUGGCACAGCGUGCGAGCUGAAAGAAAUGUGAAAGAAGCAUCUCUGCGUGUUGAUGAAUUCCCCGCCGCCACGCAGGAGUCUCCUGCUGAUGGUCACAUUCAUCUGCAGCUCAACAGCCAAUUAUUCAUAGGAGGCACAGCAUCCAGGCAGAAGGGCUUUCUGGGUUGCAUCCGUUCCCUGCAGCUGAACGGCAUCACUCAGGAUCUGGAAGAGAGAGCAAAGAUCACCCCUGGGGUGCGACCUGGAUGCCCGGGCCACUGUAGCAGCUACGGCUCGCUCUGCCAGAAUCAGGGCAUCUGUGCAGAGAGAGCGAAUGGCUUCUCCUGUGACUGCAGCCUGUCCGCAUACACUGGAGCGUUUUGUCAUGAAGAGGUCUCAGCCACUUUUACACCAGCAACAUCCAUCACGUACAUCAUCAAGGAGUCUCCUGAGCUGAGCAGAAACAGCAGUGCCCCCUCUCCUUCCGCCAUCUCUGAUACCACACUGAGAGGCGAGAACAUUUCCCUGAGCUUCAGGACCAAUCGGAUACCCGCUCUGUUGCUUUAUGUCAGCUCCUUCUACAGAGAGUACCUGGCAGUGCUCAUCAACAAACAUGAUGAGCUUGAAGUGCGGUACAAGUUGCACAGUGGGAGGGACACGGAGGUGUCGGUGAGCAAUGUAAGGAACGUGGCUGAUGGACAACGGCACACGGUCAUCAUCAGGAGACUGGCAGACACCAUCCAUGUUCAGAUUGAUGACAAUAUGAGAGAAGAUUUCAACUUGACAUCUGAUAUGGAGUUCAACGGCAUCACAUCCCUCACCCUGGGUCGAGUUCAUGACACUGACGAGUUGGAAGCAGACUUGGACAAGUUGUCAUCCCUUGGAUUCACCGGGUGUCUGUCAGCUGUCCAGUUUAACAGCAUCAGUCCUCUCAAAGCCGCUCUGCUGGCUCCUGACAGCCCUGUUAUUGUCACCGGGCCCCUGGCCCCGUCGAGCUGUGGCUCCUCCUCAUCAGUCAAUCUUCAUGUGGCAGAAACCACACACUCUUUAUCAGACCAGCCUGGUUCAGCGGAUCCAGGUCAGCCUUUAGUCAAAGACAUCAGAAGUGAUUCUGCUGUAAUUGGAGGGGUAAUAGCUGUGGUGAUCUUCAUCACCAGCUCUGCUUUAGCGGUAAUGGCCAGAUUAAUCUGCAGUAGGAAAGAGACAUAUCAGAACCGGGAAGAAAAAGGAGUGCAGCCUGAGAACAGCCACGAGUUCCCAUUUAGCAGCCAAGCCGAGUCCCCGAGUGUUCCCGGUGAAAACCAAAAAGAAUACUUUAUCUAAGAGGAUUCCUGAGCCGUCCAUGAAGAUUUGCCAAAUGCUUUGCAGUCGCAGGCACCAGUGGAUCACCAUAAUGUGAAUUAAAGGAACAAUUUCUCCUUUUGGAUUUGUAAAUAUUGUACAAUUUGCACAAAAUGUCAAAUGUGUUGGACUUUAAUGUGAUGAUGCUGAUAUUUACAAAAAGUGUAAAUAUUUAAUAAUGUAAAA